CGGUUGUUGUUGACACCGGCCAUCCACGGCAGAUCCCCACAGAGCAGCCUCGACUGCCGUAUUCACAGAUCUGAGCUCCAUUAGUUCCUGUUUCCGCUGCAACAUAUCUCCUUAAUUUCCAGGAACGUCAAAAUCUCGGCUGCAGCUGCGUCAGACGGAGCCUCCGCAGCCCCCCGGUCGGAUGCCGCUGGAAGCCGGUGGAACAUGUCAAGGGACUGGAGAGCUUUUGUGUGGUUGUGCUUUGAUUCUGGACUGUUGACCUACACUCUACAAGCCUGUAACAGCUACUUUGUGAACAUCACAGUCUGGAAAACAUCGGCAUCAUCGGAUUACAGAAAAUGAACUCUGUGUGCACAGCAAAGAACUGAUACCAGAAUGCAACACAACUGAAAGUAUCUGGUGGGACUGGAAGAGACCAGCAAGGUCAUUUGGAAUAAACUGGUCAACACAGAGCCAGGUGGAAAAGGAAACCCCGUCUAUCAGGCCACCACAACAUUCUUCUCAGCAUGCUGGCCAUGCUUUAGCACACACAGGAAGGCUGCUUGAUCACUGGAGGACGAUUCCCCGCCCUGUCUUACUCACUCCUGAGCUCGAACAGCCGCAUCUCCACCUCAUCUGUCGUCUACUGUGUAUCAUCCCUGCAAAGAUGCCGAUGCCAAGGUUGGCACUGUGUCACUUGUGGUGACGGGGCACAGAGCGUGUGCAAACAUCCGGCAGGCAGGCCGGUGGGUUGGUGGGUGUACAGGCGCACCAAGAGGCAUUUUCGGGUGGGCGUGGUUGAGCCAUGCGGCCCUGGGCGGGUUCAUGGCGUUGGAUUACCCUGGUGCUGCUGGCCUGGGGUACACUGCUCUUCUACAUAGGUGGUCACUUAGUGAGGGACAGCGAGCACCCAGAGAGGUCCAGCCGGGAACUCUCCAAGAUCCUGGCCAAGCUAGAGCGGCUCAAGCAGCAGAAUGAAGACCUGCGACGUAUGGCCGAAUCGCUCAGGAUACCAGACGGUCAGGCAGAAGCCGGGUCCCUGGCCGCGGGGAGACUGCGCUCCCUGGAAGAUCAGCUAACCAGAGCCAAACAGAAGAUCCACAGCUUCCAGAAACUCACUGGAGAUGGCCCGGGGCCCACUCAGGAGGAGCUACGGAGGAGGGUGGAAAACGGCGUGAAGGAGUUCUGGUACUUUGUUCGCAGCGAGGUGAAAAAAUUGGCCAAUGUCGAAGCAAGCGAGAGGCAGAAGUACGCGGACAUGCUUCUGCAGGACCUGGGACACCAGGAAAGGUCAAUCAUGACAGACCUGUACUACCUCAGCCAGGCAGAUGGAGUGGGCGAGUGGAGAAUGAAGGAGGCGAAAGACCUGUCAGAUCUGGUCCAGAACAGAAUCACCUAUCUACAGAACCCCCCAGACUGCAGUAAGGCGAGGAAGCUGGUGUGUAACAUCAAUAAGGGCUGUGGUUAUGGCUGCCAGCUCCACCAUGUCGUCUACUGCUUUAUGAUCGCAUAUGGCACCCAGCGCACGCUCAUCUUGGAGUCUCACAACUGGCGCUACGCCCCGGGUGGAUGGGAGACCGUCUUUUUGCCAGUCAGUAACACCUGCACCGACCGCUCUGGGGCGACGACUGGACACUGGUCAGGAGAGGCUCAUGACAAGGACGUCCAGGUUGUGGAGUUGCCCAUAGUGGACAGUCUCCACCCUCGGCCCCCAUACCUGCCCCUGGCAAUCCCUGAGGAUUUGGCCCCGCGAUUGCAGCGCCUGCAUGGUGACCCGUCCGUCUGGUGGGUGUCCCAGUUUGUCAAGUACCUGGUUCGCCCGCAGGCAUGGCUGGAGAAAGAGAUUCAGCAGACCACCGCCAAGCUGGGCUUCAAACAUCCCAUCAUUGGAGUUCACGUGAGGAGGACUGAUAAAGUGGGCACGGAGGCGGCGUUCCACCCUAUAGAGGAGUACAUGAUACAUGUGGAGGAGCAGUUCCAACAUCUGGCCAGACGCAUGCACGUCGACAAGAAACGCGUCUACCUGGCCACCGACGACCCCUCGUUGCUGCAGGAAGCCAAGACCAAGUAUCCAGACUAUGAGUUCAUCAGCGAUAACUCCAUCUCGUGGUCAGCGGGCCUUCACAACCGCUACACCGAGAACUCGCUGAGAGGAGUCAUUCUAGACAUCCACUUCCUGUCACAGACCGACUUCCUGGUCUGCACCUUUUCCUCACAGGUCUGUCGUGUAGCCUAUGAGAUCAUGCAGACUCUGCAUCCUGACGCCUCUUCUUUCUUCUACUCCCUCGAUGACAUCUACUACUUUGGAGGUCAAAAUGCCCACAACCAGAUUGCCAUCUAUCCCCACCAGGCACGCAACAGCGAGGACAUUCCCCUGGAGCCUGGAGAUGUGAUCGGCGUGGCCGGCAACCACUGGGACGGAUACUCGAAAGGCAUCAAUCGUAAACUGGGCCGCACCGGCCUCUACCCUUCCUACAAGGUCAAAGAGAAAAUCGAGACCGUGAAGUAUCCCACAUACCCCGAGGCAGACAAACUGCUCAACUCUCAAAAGAAGUAAAGAAGAAAUGAAAAAAAUAAAGGAAGAGAAGGAGAGAGGAGAAAUACGCAGACUCCGAUUCCAGGGAAGGAGGCUGCUUUUGUACAGAUGAGAGAGGCGUACUUAGUGCGCUAAGCUGAGAAGAAAAGAGAAAAAGCCUGAACCCAGGGGUGAUAGGAAUGAGAAUGCACUCUGUGUGUUUGUGUGUGAGAGCGUACGCGGGCCUGCGUGCGUGUGUGUGUAUGCGCGCGUGUGUGUGUAUGCGUGUUUGUGUGCAUAAGCGUGUAGGAGCGCGUGUGCACUUGUGCAAAUGCUUGUGCAUAUGUCAGGUCAUGGAAGACUUGCACCCUACCACUACUCCCCUGCCCGACGCUCUUAACGUCGGGUCUGUAGAGAUGUAGACAUGAACAUUGAUUUUAAAUAAAGCAAGGAAACAAUUAAAAUCUACACAACUGACCAAGUUCGCUCUCCUAAGAACACAGUCUGGGACUACUGUAAAGACUGGCACACCCCAGAGUGAGCUUUGAAUCAAUGACUGAAAAAAAGACAAACUGGAAAAAAAGUGUUUUCAUUUUUAUUUAAUUCUUUUAAGUGGUUUUGAUUCUAACCUUGCCUUUUUCUUUUCCUCCAGUUAUUUUUUUUUUUGUUUACUGAAUGUACUGUAUCCCCUUCUUGCCAUGCUCACCCCCCCCACCCCUUCCCCCCCAGCUGCUCCACUCAUGUUCACUGUGCUUCCUACUCGUCUCUACAUGUGCAAUUAAUUUUAAAAUACCAUUGUGCUUUUAUCAAGUGUUUUUAACGGUCUUAAUUUGGUGUGUAUGGGGCUUGUGCAUUGUAUACUGUACAGUGUGUGUGUGUGUGAGAGAGAGAGACAAUGAUAAUGAUGACGAUGAAUGCGUGCGCGAUCAAGUGUGCUUUUAAAAGUCUAAGGGGCCAUGUCACGACCUGGUGCCUGUUACUGGUGAGCGGUGUUUUUUUAUUUCUCCCCCCCUGACCCGACUGAAUAGUGUUUCUGUGCGACUGUAGACUGGUGGUGACGGUGGGGGACUGUCCUCCAGCCCCAGCACUUCUCGGAACAAUGGUGAACUCCAGUCACUCCGUUGGUGACUUCUAGUGAACAAUGGUAAGAUUAUGUCGAAUAUGGUGAACUCUUGAUGCACGCGCACACACGCAAAAUAGGAGCCGUCCCGGGGCUCACCAAAAGAGGCACUCCACUGAGAUAAUGUCCGUUUUCGACAUCUCUGCUGUCUGUUUGUUUGUCCUUCUUUUGCUUUUUUUUUUUUUUUUUAUAUCCGUUUUGGGUUUUUUUUUUUACUUCCGUCAUUGCUGUUUUGAAAAUAAAUGAGGAAAAAUACGCCUAUGUUUAAGAACGAUAAUGCUAUCUCAUAUCAAAUCCCCAUCAUGAAGGCUUUUUUUUUUUUUUUCAUAACUUAUGUUCUUGGGCAUUGUCUUUGAUAACCACAGAUCGAAUAAACUUGAGAAACCAACACAG